CUCCAUCCAGAUCCCACCCUGCCGACUGAUAAUUUCCCAGUGCAGGAUUCGACUGAAACCUGGAGAGACAGCGGUGCCUUUCUGCUCCCCUCGCACCCUCCCCGCCUCCUGCUAUAAAUAACCCGGACUAGCGGGUCAGGAACGUCACACGGCGAGAAACCAGGACCCCGAGGUUUUCUUCGCUGAGAAUAGGGGGCAAAGGGUGAGGAGAGGAGACAGAAAUCGCUCGAAAUCUGCUCGGUCCCCGGCAGCCGCCGCUGCCCCUUUGAUGUUUUGGUACGCCGUGCGCAUGCGCUUCACAUUAGCAUUACUGCACUGGGCAGACUAAGUUGGAUCUCCGGUCUUCAGUGAAACCCUCAAUCCCAUCAAAAACUAAAGGGAUGUGGAGAGUCCGGAAAAGGGGCUACUUUGGGAUUUGGUCAUUCCCCUUAAUAAUCGCCGCUGUCUGUGCGCAGAGUGUCAAUGACCCUAGUAAUAUGUCGCUGGUUAAAGAGACGGUGGAUAGACUCCUGAAAGGCUAUGACAUCCGUCUGAGACCAGAUUUUGGAGGUCCCCCAGUGGCUGUGGGAAUGAAUAUUGACAUCGCCAGCAUUGAUAUGGUUUCUGAAGUCAAUAUGGAUUAUACCUUAACAAUGUACUUCCAGCAAGCCUGGAGAGAUAAGAGGCUAUCAUAUAACGUAAUACCUUUAAACUUGACUCUGGACAACAGAGUGGCAGACCAGCUCUGGGUGCCUGAUACCUACUUCCUGAAUGAUAAGAAGUCAUUUGUACAUGGAGUGACCGUCAAAAACCGCAUGAUCCGCCUGCAUCCGGAUGGCACGGUUCUUUAUGGCCUCAGAAUCACCACCACAGCUGCCUGCAUGAUGGACCUAAGGCGGUACCCACUGGAUGAGCAAAACUGUACCCUGGAAAUUGAAAGCUAUGGAUAUACGACUGAUGACAUUGAGUUUUACUGGCGCGGGGACGAUAAUGCAGUAACAGGAGUAACAAAGAUUGAGCUCCCACAGUUCUCUAUUGUAGAUUACAAACUUAUCACCAAGAAGGUUGUUUUCUCCACAGGUUCCUACCCCAGAUUGUCUCUCAGCUUUAAACUUAAGAGGAACAUUGGCUACUUUAUCCUGCAAACCUACAUGCCUUCCAUCCUGAUUACAAUCCUCUCUUGGGUCUCUUUCUGGAUUAAUUAUGAUGCUUCAGCUGCAAGAGUGGCAUUAGGAAUCACAACUGUCCUGACAAUGACCACAAUCAACACCCACCUCCGGGAAACUCUUCCUAAAAUCCCCUAUGUGAAGGCCAUUGACAUGUACCUGAUGGGGUGCUUUGUCUUCGUAUUCAUGGCCCUUCUGGAAUAUGCGUUGGUCAACUACAUCUUCUUUGGGAGGGGACCCCAACGCCAAAAGAAAGCAGCUGAGAAGGCUGCAAGUGCCAACAAUGAGAAAAUGCGCCUGGAUGUCAACAAGAUUUUUUAUAAAGAUAUUAAACAAAAUGGGACCCAAUAUCGAUCCUUGUGGGACCCUACUGGAAACCUCUCCCCAACUAGACGGACUACCAAUUACGAUUUCUCUCUGUAUACGAUGGACCCCCAUGAGAACAUCUUACUGAGCACUCUAGAGAUCAAAAAUGAAAUGGCCACGUCCGAAGCCGUGAUGGGACUUGGAGACCCCAGGAGCACCAUGCUGGCCUAUGAUGCCUCCAGCAUCCAGUAUCGGAAAGCUGGGCUGCCCCGGCAUAGUUUUGGCCGGAAUGCUCUGGAACGACACGUGGCACAAAAGAAAAGCCGCCUGCGGAGACGCGCCUCCCAACUGAAAAUCACCAUCCCCGACUUGACUGAUGUGAAUGCCAUAGAUCGGUGGUCCCGCAUAUUCUUCCCAGUGGUUUUUUCCUUCUUCAACAUCGUCUAUUGGCUUUAUUAUGUGAACUAAAUCAUGGCCUCCCAUGGGAAGCAAGGACUAGAUUCCUCCUCAAACCAGUUGUACAGCCUGACGUAGGACUUGGAAAACACAUCAAUUCAGGACAAAAGUGAUGCUAAAAUACCUUAGUUGCUGGCCUAUCCUGUGGUCCAUUCCAUACCAUUUGGGUUGCUUCUGCUAAGUAAUGAAAUAUGCUAAGGUCCUUGUGGUUUUCCAGUUAAAAUGCGAGUCAUUUGUACACAUGCUGGCAAGACUGAGUCUGAGUGUUCCAGUUUGUCUGCUUAAUAUGCAGCCUACUCAGAAGGGAGUUAUUUAGAAGAUAUUCUUAGAAAGCUGAAUAGCAUUGUCAGUCAUUUUCCUGAUAAGUGGUCAAAUCCAGAUACCUCCCAUCUUCAUUUCUAAGGUUGGUGUGCCGUGAGAUGCCACCGUGCUUAUGAAACAUCUGCAAUGCCAUGCAAACAUGUGACUCGGAGACUGUUUAUGCCCAUCGUUUUAAGGCGAUAAUGGUAUCUUGAGAAGAUUAUUCCCACUGGGCUCUAGAAGAUUCUCAUAUAGUUGGUACAGGAGAGGAGAUGGUUAAGACAGAAACUCAGGAAACCAAUUUGGUCAGUCUCUCUUUGCUCAAGCACAGGGAAUCAACCCAUGAUGUCUUUUAUUUUGGCAUUUAGAGACAGGGAGACUUCUGAAUAUUAUCAUGCAUGGUGACCAAAGAAAAUUUUGCUAAGAAACUAUCUUCUCGAUGGCUAAAAUAAGAGGUAGCAGCACAAAGCAGAGAAGAAACUCCAGAAAUGACUGUUGUAACAAAAUUAAAACAAGCAAGCAUGACCUUAUCAGCUCUACACAGCACCAGGUCUUAUAUAUACUGUGUCCAGUGGCCAAAAGUGGAGUGAGAAGGAUUUUUUUUUUCCUAACAUGACAAUAUUUUACCAACAAACCUAGAACAGUUUUAUAGCUUAUGUAAUUAAAAGACAAACAAGAAAUAGAAAUGUUCAGCACAUUAGAAGUACCUUUGAUGUUUCUGUUAGACUGGGAGUCAUUAGUAUACCAGACAAAGCCUAAGAAACAGGUUGUUUUUCUCAGGCAAUAUCAGUUGUCCCUGCAACAUUUCCCAAAAGUUUAUUUCUGAAUUUAAUAGGGCAUUUCAAAAGAAGGAUUUGUUCAUUGCUUUAAAGGAUUAAUGAUCCUUUCCAGCUUUUCUUGCUUUCAAAAUUCUGAUUAUACUCUUUGGAGACAGGCAAAGUCAGGCUUUGGAGACAUAGAAUGAACUGUAUUUUCUUAUGUGCAAUGAAACUCACCUUUGUAUUUUUUUAAAGCAGACAGUACUUCAAAGAGUAUGUCCACAAGGAGAGUUAAUUAGUGAGUUCACUAGGUCUGAUUUUUUUUAAAAGGGUGAACGUACUUUCAUUGUGUAUGUUGCAAUCUGUAAUUGAGGAAAUGCAAAAAAUAGGAAAGAAAAGAUAAUGACAAAGCCACAUUAAUGUGAUGAACAUUAUGAGCCUCAGUUGAUAUUGCUGAAAAAUAUUUAACUGAUAAUCAGGCAGGCAUGAUGUAUUGUUUUUAUUCUAUUUUUAAAUUAUGUCAUUGUGCUUUUUUAAUACUAAUUGGACAUAUACAUUCAUAUAUGUUGGACAGGAAAGAGAAUAAGCUAAUAUAUUUAAU